AUGGGGUCUUCGGGUCUCUCGGGAUGGAUGCCCACCAGGCGGCCCGGCGUCCCUUUCCAGACCGCCAGCGCGUUGCUUAGCAACCCGCCGCCCGGCCCUCCGCCGCCGCCGCUAGAGGGCGAGCGAGUCGGGAGGCGGGAGCGCGCGCGCUCUGACGCAUCGCUGUCUGUGCACCAUGCCGCGCCCAGGAGCACUGUCAGCCGGCGCUCACCCCCUGCGACUCGGGCUCUGAUGGCUUUGAUCUUGUUGGCCACGGCCGGAACAGCCCCAUCCUGGUCUCUGGGUCAGCCCCAACCUGUACCUGAUGGGAUGCUGGUCCCGAGAAAUCCAGAAAGUCUCCCAGCCUGGAGGCCAGAGGCACCCCCCACUCAGCCAGUGCCUUCUUCCCUCCUCCAGAAUGCCUCAGAUAUGCCUGAGACCAUCACCAGCCGGGAUGCUGCACGCUUCCCCAUCAUCGCCAGCUGCACACUCUUGGGCCUCUACCUCUUCUUCAAAAUAUUCUCCCAGGAGUACAUCAACCUCUUGCUGUCCAUGUAUUUCUUCGUGCUGGGAAUCCUGGCCCUGUCCCACACCAUCAGCCCCUUCAUGAAUAAGUUUUUCCCAACCAACUUCCCAAAUCGACAGUACCAGCUGCUCUUCACACAGGGCUCUGGGGAGAACAAGGAAGAGAUCAUCAAUUAUGAGUUUGACACCAAGGACCUGGUGUGCCUGGGCCUAAGCAGCAUCGUUGGUGUUUGGUACCUGCUGAGGAAGCACUGGAUUGCCAACAACCUUUUUGGCCUGGCCUUCUCCCUUAACGGAGUAGAGCUCCUACACCUGAACAAUGUCAGCACGGGCUGCAUCCUGCUGGGUGGACUCUUCAUCUACGAUGUCUUCUGGGUAUUUGGCACCAACGUGAUGGUGACAGUGGCCAAGUCCUUUGAGGCACCAAUCAAAUUGGUAUUUCCCCAGGAUCUGCUGGAGAAGGGCCUUGAAGCGGACAACUUUGCCAUGCUGGGACUUGGGGAUAUUGUCAUUCCAGGGAUCUUCAUUGCCUUGCUGUUGCGCUUUGACAUCAGCCUGAAGAAGAACACCCACACUUACUUCUACACCAGCUUUGCCGCCUACAUCUUUGGCCUGGGCCUCACCAUCUUCAUUAUGCACAUCUUCAAGCACGCCCAGCCUGCCCUCCUGUACCUGGUCCCUGCCUGCAUCGGUUUUCCCGUUCUGGUGGCACUGGCCAAGGGAGAAGUGACAGAGAUGUUCAGCUACGAGUCCUCAACGGAAAUCCUGCCUCAUACCCCGAGGCUCACCCACUUCCCCACGGUCUCGGGCUCCCCAGCCAGCCUGGCCGACUCCAUGCAGCAGAAGCUAGCUGGCCCUCGCCGCCGGCGCCCGCAGAAUCCCAGCGCCAUUUAUGAGGAGUCAGACCCUAAGGAUCCAGCAGCAGUGGCAGAAUCCAAAGAGGGCACAGAGGCCUCCACGUCCAAGGGGCUGGAGAAGAAGGCGAACUGACACUGCUGGGGCCUGACCUGAGAGCCAGACCAGGCGAGGAUGGCCCACAUGGCGGCAUGGCAGGGGUGCAGGCGGCCAAGGGCAGCCCGGGACGGGGCCGCAGGAUCCCUCCAGCUGGACCUCUGUGGCCUGUUUCCUCUCCCCUUCUCUGGCUUUCCUCUGCUCCUCCCCAUCCCCUGCAGGCAAAGGAAGCCCCCAGCAUCACCCCUCAGGAGCCAGGGAAAGUGGGUGUGGUUUUUAGAUUUUUGUAUUGUGGACUGACUUUGCCUCACAUUAAAAACUCAUCCCAUGGCCAGGGUGGGCCACUGUGCUCCCGAAA